AUGGGUCUGUGCACUGUGGCACUGCUGUCUCUGCUGCUUUUCCCGUGCAGCGCGAAGACAGCCAAGAUCGACCAGGGCCCUGAGCUUGCAUCGGAGCAGGUCCUGGAGGAAGCGGUGUUGGAGGCAAAGUUCUUCGAGCACAGAGAGCGGUUUGGGAUCGAUGAUCGCCGUACUCUCGAAGUCUUCUUCCAGCUCUUCGACCUUUGGAUCAUGUUGUACCGCCUGAACAAGGCGGAUGAAGCCCUGAAAGAGGUGAUGCCGGCUUGCUGGUGGCGCCAAGAUGACCUGACGGUCCAAGCUAUCCAGGCACUGGCCUUCACGCGCUGGAAGCAGGGCCGUCUCAAGGAGGCCUUGACAUGGUUUAAUCAGAUGGAAGGCCUGCUGGGGAAGAGUGCUGCACUCUGCGAGAACAUUGGGCACACAUACAACUCGAUGGGAAUGCAUGCCGAAGCUGAGACGUACUUUCUGCAGUCCUUGAUGUUCCUGGAUGCCAACAUAUCCACUCAGAGGAACAAAGGCGGUGUCCUGCUUGGGCUUGCGGGAGUGCGUGAAAAGCAGUACAAGCUGACCGAAGCCCGCGAAUCAGCCCAGGAGGCUUACGACCUCUACAAGCAGCGGGACAUGGAGAAUGGCUGGGAGUCAUCCCUCACCGCCAAAGCCGGAAUGACCGUGAGUAAGAUGGCUCUGAAGCUCGGCGAUACGGAGGAGGCAGAGGCGAAGUGCCAGGAGGCUAUCCGCCUCUUCGAGUCCACCUCGGGUGAGGAUUCCCCGUUGCUUGCCACGGCCUUCAAGCGCAUGGGUGAGAUACGGAUUGCACAGGUCAUCAUCCACCAGCAGCUCACAGAUGCUCACCUGGGGAAGGGUGAGCUGGACAGACAAAGCUUCCGCCCUUAUUUUCCGACGAUUGCACAGGUCUUGAAGCGUGUCUACGACAUGAAGCAGGAUGGCAAUGCCGGUGCAUACUACAAGCUUGCAGGGGAACUCUUUGUGCUUGGUGAGGACUGCGAGGCAGGCAAGUCGCUUCUGUUUGCGGCAGUGUCGCUUUUGGAGACCGAGUCCUCGAUAGACACCUCUGGGAUGGUCAAGACCUGCAAAGAAUUGAUCCGCAGCUUGGACAAGCAUAAAGUCGCAGAUUCCAGCUCAGGUGUCGCUUUCUCCUGGCUUUUGGCUGCGGAUUGCGACCAGCCUCUCGUACAGUGGCUGUAUGGAUUCAUGGCGAUUCCCAUUGUCGUCCUUCUGGUGAUGUGCUUGCACCAGUUCUCAGGCAAUCCACGGGCUGAAAGUGGACUGUGCAAGGAGGCAAUGCUGCACUGUUUUCUCUUCAGCUGUGGCCUUGCGUGGGCGAUUUUGGGCACGUAUUGGAACUGGCAGGCUGAGGACUAUGUGGAGCUUGCGGUAAUCAUCAGCUGGACUGGUUUGCCGAUCAUGUGCUGCAUGUACUGCGUGCUGCUUUGCCUUAGCACUGCAGUGUUGGCUACCUCCGAGGCGGCCGAGUCGGAGUCCUUCGAGAGCUGCCAGGUUCAACCGAGCCUUGCGGAGACCCAGCCGGACAUGGCAACAGAAAACCUGCUGGCUGCGGCAAAACGGGUUUGGACAGAUGUCUCAGCACAGAUCAAGGCAGCUGACGAGCCGAAAGAAGGCACGUUGCUGCCUGUGGACGAGUUGAAGAAGGUUUCCAAAUACCUACAACACACGCUGACGAAAUUUGGAGCGUCGGCAACAGCUGUGGCGGAUGCAGAGGAGGCGAAGAAAGGACUCACCCCGAUUGCGCAGGAGGUGGUUAAAGCCUACACCGCCGCUGCUGGAACCUUGAUGUCUCUGUCUGGUGGAGCAGGUGCAUGCUUGGCAGCAGAACUCAAGGACGCCGGGAGCGGCCUGGCAGAUUCUUUGGAGGCACUGGGCAACGCUGUUUUGACCCCUGGCCUGGCAUCUUGUGCGGCAAAGGCGCUGCAAGCGGCUGGCAAUUUCGAGCGCGUCUCCACGCAGAACCGAGCGGCCAUCAGAAGGCGAUUGCUGAAGAAUUUGGCGAUGCUCCGUGAUGCAAACCGUGAGAUGCAGCAGGAGAUUGAAAACGCAGACAAGAAGGGUCUCGGCACCGUGGAAGUUCUCAGCGGCGACGAGGAGCUUCUUGAAGAUGAAGAUGAUUUGUGCAGCGCAUUUCAAGAAACCAUGCUGCCUUCCGAGAGGCGAAUCUUGGAAAGUGCGCUCAAGAUGUCGACGCAGAUUGAGGAGGUCCUCAAAGAGGCAUCCACCUCUUGCGUUGCUGGCAGCGAGUCGCAGAUAAGCCUCGACUUGGCCACAUUGGAGGUCAUUGCUGAGCAAGCGACGCAGGUGCCAGGUGCCAUCGACACACUUGCAGCUGACUGCGUGGGUGGCGUCGAUGCAGAGGCUUGCAAUAGCAGCCUCGAGAAGCUGCGACAGGCUCUGCCUGUCUUCAUCCACUACCCGAGUGGUGCAGCCGACACGCUCACACCUCUUCUGGAGGAAACGCAGGCAGCGCUGGCAGCUGCUGAGGCUGAAGAGGCCGCAAAAGAGGCCGGGCACUCCUUGGCAGUGGACAUGGAGCUCAAAACUGUCCGAGUGCUUCUCAUGCCCGUCAUAGGGCAGCAAGCCUUCAGUGAUGUUUGCAUCCGAAGGCUGUUUGCCCAAGCCAAGUGGCGGCUUCGUACUCUGGAAUGGUGCAAUCUGACCGGGAAUACCGGUAACCGGGCGCAUUGCAUCGCAGUCCAAGGAACAAUGGCAUCGAGUGGUGAGAAUGAUAUCCUCCUUCUCCUGGAGGGAGACAGGCGCUCGCUGUUUCCGGGGAGCAAUCCUCGCAUGCUCACCGUUUCAACGGACCAGACGAUGCGGCAAUGGGAUGUGAAGACAGGUGACGAACAGCGCUGCUGGUGGCGCCACAAGGCCGCUAUUCUUUGCCUCGACGUGGACUGGGACACUGACAUGGCUGUAACUGGCUCUGGCGAUCACACUCUGGCCCUGUGGGACGUGAACGAAGAGGUGCCGGAAGACAAGGCGCUUCAGAGCUUCUUUCGAGGCCACAAAGAUUGGGUUACGUCCGUCGACGCGGACUGGGAUGGCAGAAUGUUUCAUAUGCUGCUGUGCCUGGCUCCAGCUGCCUCCGUGGUGCCACCUCACACCGCGCACAAAGAAAGUCUGCCUUUAGACACUUCCAUUCGCUGCAGCGCCCAAUUUCUCACAGACGCACCGGUCCCACAUCCCAAGCAGCCCAUCAUCACAGAACUCAAGGAUGUCAUGACCAGCACUGAGUCAACGGAGUCUCGCAUCGCCAGUUUGCAGGAUGCGCUCUCAAGCAUUUUCCUCGCUCUUCCGAAGAACUCCAGAGGUGCCGUGCGACCACCAGCUGCGCGCUAUGCCCUUCAUCGCUUGUUCGUUCAGCGUCACGGCUGGCAGUUCCAUGGCUUGGAGCCACGUGGUGAAACAUGGGACAGCUCCUCGCCUGCGACUGCCUUGGGAAACCGCGUCUCGGAGGAUGUGUAUGCCUUGUUUGAGAGUCGACUUACGGACCAUGGAUUGGACCUCCAUGACUUGGCCGUGCUUGCCGCAAUGUUGGAGAACAUGGUCCACGCAGAAGCGGAUAUCCGCCUGACAGCUGCCAUGAGCGCUCAGGAGAAGCCCCUUGAUCGCGUAUUGAACAUGACAGAGGCUACCGAAGUCUUGGAAACCUACAUGGCCAGCUUCGUCCUGGGAGCGGACAUGCAACACCUGCAGCCUGACAACAUGUUGCAGAAGCUUGGGGAGGUUGGCGAGCAGUACCCAACUUGGCCGGCAACCCAGUCCUUCUUGCAGGAGACUCGCCAGGACAUCCUGCCUAGCAAGAAGGAUCUGUCCUUCAGGGACAUGUCGGAGGUUGCAGCGGCAGUUGGCGAGCGGUAUGGCCGCUGGCAGAGUCACGAGUGCUCAGCUCUGAAACAUGAGCUGCUGCAGAGCGAGGAGCACCCAAACACUGGCCGAGUUCGCCUGAGCGACUUCUACGGAAUGGCGCUUCAUGGGGGCAAGUGGCAGUUCAGUGAGAGCGUCUCCUACCUCCGGCAGCUUGGUGCUUUGGGCGAGACGGAUCCAGAUGCAAUCCGUCUAGUGAUCCCCAACUACGUCCUCGGCCCCUCGAACUGCAUUGCAUCCAGUGGCUACUAUGCUGUUUGCUGCAUUGACGAGUGUGAUGCUUACCUGAACUCUUUGGAGCAGAAGCUGCAGAGCCACGAAGCCUCAGCAGAGGCCAUCAUCAAAGCUGUGAACAGCAGCGUGGCUUCAAGCCUGAAGCAGCGUCUGCGUGAAAUCGAAGGGCACCACGGGGGUUUGGUGCCACUCCAUGGACGCCUCUUUGCGCAGUGGCUUCAUCACCUGCACCCACGCGAGUGCCCGUAUCCGCACAUGUCUGGGACUACCAGCCCUCUCAGGCCGGAAAUCUUCGAGCAAGAGGUGGGCGAGCCGGUGGGUGCUUCAGAAGAAGAGAUGCUGCAGCAUGUGCAGACUGCCUCCUGGAAGAAGCCCCCCACGCACGAAGAAGGCAUGUGCUCCUCGAUGUGGACUAUGGAGGAAGAGUUGGUCGAUGCAGUCGCGCAUGAGAAGGCACUGACGGCCAAGCGCCGGAAGAGUGCCAGCCGGGCAGUUCUGCACGGGGUGGCUUUGUCUGUGGCUGUCGUGUCCUUGGUGAUCACCAUGGCGAAGCUUUUUGCAGGAGCAGGUGCAGAAAGUGGAUCCAAGGUACCUGGCACCGAGAAGGCACAACAGCACAACAUCAAAAAGACGCGAAAGCACAACGCUGUAUGGUUAAUGUUAGUGCGGAUACUUUCCGGGGCAGCUGACGGAGAGGUGCGCAUCUGGGAUUUCGAUUCGGAGGAGUCUGUGGCCACCCUUUCGGACCACACAGGAGCUGUGUGCUCUGUCGCUGCUGAGUGGGACCUUCAGCGCGCGAUCUCUGUCGGACAGGAUCAGAUCGUGAGGAACUGGGAUCUGGAGACCGGCCGCUGCAUCUCGCGACUGGAGGGUCACACUGGCGCAGUGUGGUGCUGCAGCCUGGAUCCUGAUGGGAACAAGGCCUGCCGUGCUUGGAAGCAGCUUUUCUGGCGAGGCUGGCUGUCUACGAGAAGAAAGAGAGCAUCCCACAACUGA